GUCAAAUUCAGAAUCAAAAGAAGAGAAACCGAACAAGGAAGGAGAACCGUUCCUCUUCUUCUUCUUCUUCUUCUUACCAUUUUAGCUGUUUUCUCUUUUCUCUCGGAGGAGAGAGAGAGAGAGAAACCAAGCUCGCAAACAGAUAUUAUCAAGAUUACACCACCUUCCUCUCUCUAGGGUUUCAGUUUUCUCCAUUGCUGCACUUUCUUUCUCGGUCUUCUUCUUCUACUACGGCCAUUGCUCCCAAGAUUCUUCUCCAAUUUCUUCCUUUCUAUUCGCUUUUCUCCGAUUCCACUUUCAGGUUUCGUAGAUAUUGAGCUUAACAGAUAUACGACCUUCAAUGGUAUGCUCACUUGGAAGUGGGAGGAUGGCGGUGAUGGCAAGGCUUUUGGCAGCAAGAAGUUUUUCACUAAGUGUAGCAGAGGAAGUUGGAAAUCAGAAAUUAGCUGCUAAGUUGGCAUGCAAAGAAUUAAGAGAGGCAGAUGAGCCAAAUUUGCUUGAUGAAGAAGAUAUGCACAUCUUUGGUUUGAUGCCCAUGUCUGAUCCUUUGCAUUUGGUAUGCUGCAAUACUUGUAAGAAACCAGUCCAGGCUAGUCAAUACGUAGCUCAUGCAGAACUUUGUAGAAUGGUAAGCUCGACAGAAGAAUCCAUGCUGGAUGUUAAUGGAAGUGUGGGGCAUAGAAAAGCCGUGAGAAAAGAGAAGAGGAAGCCACUCAAUGCUUAUGCUCACCAGGCUAUUUUAGUUCGUGAAGUGGAAAGGUCUGAAUCUAUCACAGUAGGUGAUACUGCUAUUGCAGAAUCUCAGCUGAAUGGGAAACCUGGGACGAAUUCGUCCUUCUCUAUUGACCGAAAAAGAAAUUCAGCCUAUGUAGAUGCUGAAAAUUUGAUGCAUGGUUCAGCAGUUAGUCCCGGAGAUGCUGACAACUCAGUUGGUGUAAUGCCUUGUACACUAAAGCGAUCUAAAUUGAUAACAGGUGAGUGGCUGCCAUUGUCUGAUGCCUCUGUUGUUUCAAAUAUCUUAUUUCUUAAGUACACAGGAUGACUAUGUCUGUGAGACCUGAGUUAAGUUUAGAUUUAUUUAAUAUUGUUUUGUUUUCUGAUAACUCUGUACAUAGAAUGUUGGCAGCAUUUAGCUUAUGGAUAGACUUGUGUGAAAAUCAUAGUACAAUGGAACCGGAGAUUACAAUUGUUUUCUCAAAUUUAUUCACAACCUAAACUUUGAAGUGAAUAAUCCUUCAGUUUUGACAAAAAUUCUACCUUUGAAAGGGAGUCAAAUUUUUGUUUUGCACUAUGAUGAAUGUUAUUGAGGGAAACCCUGUGUCAUAGAUGACAAUAAGCUCUCUUUUAUCUAGAUUAGUUGAUGAAAAAACAAAUGGAAUGAGUAUUCAUGUUGAUGUACUGACAUCAAGACUAAAGCUGUUAGAAAAGUUCCUGUUCCUGUUUAAACAGGAACUAUUCUAACAGCUUUAGUCUUGAUGUCACCACCUCAAUGAAUCUGAAUUGAGAGGUAGAGACAAGUGAAGUUGAGGUUGGGGUUACUAAUUGAUGUUAUUUCCUGGCUAAGAAUUCAGCCUAGUUCUCAAUGUCUUAAUUAACAUUAGAUAAGUAGUUUUGUAGAAAGAAAAGGACCAAUCUGAAAAAUAUAUUAUUUAUCAAGUAAAUUAAAAACUAAAAAGGGCAUUUUAUUAUUAUAUAGUACUGCUGUUAAAUAAUGAAUUAUUAAUGUAGACUUGUGCUUAAUGCAUGUCUUUAGGUUGCAUCUCUCCCAAACAAACUAUUGCUGAGAGUGGAGGCCCUAAUGAUUCUUUUUUUGGAAACAAGAAGCCUGAUCAAGUCAAUGGAUGCUGCCUGCCAAUUAAAGAUGUGCCAGCUCCCCUUGCAACCAAAAUAUAUUACUCUCAAAGAAGCAAUCGUCUCCGCUCUGCACUUUGUCAUCUUUACUAUGAGACAGUGGGAUUGACUGAGGAGGUUUGCAGUGACACUGUGAACAAGAAAUUAACAAAUGAUAAUGUGUACCAAUCACAGGCUUCAUCUCAGAAAGACAAAUCAUUGAAACAAACAAAUACAGAGUUAAACAGCAAGAAGGACUCACUUUCUCUGCCUUCUCUGCAAAAUCCUGACCAAUUCCUUGCACAAAGCUCAGAAAUGUGCUUGGGUUCAUCUGGAGUUUGUUCGCCUAUGAGCGACUUCUCAAUGCAGUUUCCUGUUGAUAAUGUUUCAAGGUCUCUGGUUGCUCCUGUUGGUUUAGCAAGAAACAAAUACCUUUCAAAGCCUUUCUCAUAUCCGGGAAAUUCAGGACAACCUCUUCGGCCAGUGCAGCAGCAAAACGGCAGUGUUCCUGUUUUAUAAGACUUCAAUGGAACAUAUUUUUGUAUUGCUGGAGGAAGAUGUAAUUAACCAAAUACUUGAGGUUAGGUCCUAGGAACCCUUUUUGAUACCAACCAAGAAAUUCAUCAAAAUUGUUCAUUCUGCCUUUAUAGCUGAGUGAGUACCAGCUAGUGUUUAUAGUCAUUCAAGAAUCAAAAACGAAGGAAAAAUCUUUUGAUUGCUGGGAGGGUAAAUUUGUAGUUCGUACAGUUGUAUAUCUGGCUUCUGUAAAUAUAAGUUUUACCCUUAAUCAACUGCAUUUUUCUUUCA